GCGCCUCCCGCACCGGGCUCGAGCCGCUCUUCUCUUUCGAACUGCGUCAUUCCGACUUGUUUCUCAACAUGGCGCUGACCACGGCGAACAAGUGUCUCAGUCCUCUGUCGUUCCUCUCCCGGAGGCUCGCUGCUCCGGAGUUCAUCACCCGCUGCUGCUACCACAAGAAGGUGGUCGAUCAUUAUGAGAACCCAAGAAAUGUGGGCUCACUGGACAAAACCUCCAAGAACGUUGGGACCGGCUUGGUCGGAGCUCCAGCCUGUGGAGACGUGAUGAAGCUCCAGAUCGAGGUGGACGAACAGGGGAAGAUUGUGGAUGCCAGGUUCAAAACCUUCGGCUGCGGCUCUGCCAUUGCCUCCAGCUCUCUGGCCACCGAGUGGGUGAAGGGCAAAUCUGUGGAUGAAGCUUUGACAAUCAAGAACACUGACAUCGCCAAAGAGCUCAGUCUUCCCCCGGUGAAACUCCACUGCUCCAUGCUUGCGGAGGACGCCAUCAAGGCUGCUCUGGCCGACUAUCGCCUCAAGCAGCAGGACGACCAGCAGGGGGCAGCCAGGGUCAGCCAGUAGACCGACCGCUCUCGCUCUGAGCCGGACGCCACUGCUUUACUCCCUGCUGCCAGAGAGAGAAGUAGCUGUAGUCCACUUUCCUGUAGUACCGAUAACGCACACCUAAUAUGUUGAUGACACGUACACCACCGUCAACCCUCUGUAGCAGUGUUACACCAGACUUAGUCUGUUGUCUUCUAACCCUGCACAUCUCUCAGCCUGUCACAUGAACGCACAAUGUGAGCCCCCGUUUGAGUUGUUGGAACAAAGUUACAAAGUGAGCCUUAUUUUUGAGAUUGUGAUAUAUUUUAAGAUUUUGUGCUUCAGGAGUGUGUAUCGAAAAGGUGUGAUGGAGAUAUUGAUUAAAGCUAAGAGCUGUGUGAGUGUCCUGUCUGCACCCUAAAGCAUUGACCUUUUAUAUACGCAAUUAAGCAAAGUGGCUUGAAACAAUGAAAGGGUCCACUGGUUUUAAGUGUAAUUUAUGAUUAUUUAGUCAUGCUUCUGUGGAAAUGUAUGCAAUAAAAACUAUCCUGAAUCAUA